CAAAACAAAUCAUAACACAAACAAUUCAUUACAUCUCGUUUUGCGAAUUCCUCUCGAUGUUUCUUCGAUUUUGUGAAAAGUGUUGAUUGCGUCAACAACAAAAAUGAACGAAAUCAAUCACAAAACCGUGUUUGUGCUGGACCACACGCCCUACUUUGGGAUAUCGUGUGAAGUUCCGAUUGAAGUUGAUUUUAUGAAAAGUCGAAUACCGAUCCCUCCCAUUACCAAAUCCCUGUGGACCUGUGCUGUUGAAGCAUCGAUCGAGUACUGUCGAAUUGCAUGGGACCUGUUUCCGACUGGGAAACUGAUUCGAUUCGUAGUAAGCGACACGGCGGCCCACAUUGUGAACACCUGGAAUAUGAGCACCCAGAGUUCGCUGCACGUUAUGAAUGCUAUGGCGAUGGUUGGCGUUCCUCCCCGGCAGGCACAAGCGAAUGAUCACUCAGUAAUCCACGGGCUGAGGGCCGCGAUUGAGGCUCUCGCCGAGCCGACCGACUUCCAGAAGGAACGACUGGCGGCAAACGAGCAGGCGGUCUUCAAUUCGGGCCGUGUCAUUUGUAUCACUUCAGCGCGGGAUAAUGCCAGCAUGAAGAGCCUGGAGGAUAUCUUCCGGACGGUGCUCGUACAGCAGAACACAAUAUCAGCUAACAGCAAAGAAUUCAUCAAUAUUGACAAGUGUCACUUGGUCAUUAUAAAUUUAUAUCCCGCUAACAUGGAGUCGAUGGUAAACAAUCGAGCGCUGAUGGAGAUUUCGCCCAUUCUCAAAUCGGAAAUUCAUUCUAACAAAGCGAAUAAAAUAUCCAACAAACUGACGCACUUGAUAUUGCCUCACUAUGACCUAGCCAGUACAACGGUCACUGGAAUUCCGAUGAAAGAGGAACAGAAUGCCAGUUCAAGUGCAAAUUACGAUGUGGAAAUAUUUCACUCUAGCAAAACCCACUCUACCUUCCUGGGGACAGAGCUGGUCCUGCCGCACAGUGUGCGUGAAGGGUCGGACUAUGAAACGGUCACGCUGAAGUGGUGCACACCGAGAAGCUGUGGAUCCUCGGAAAUGCAACCUUGUUUGGCGCAAAGCAGAGUGACACCGGUCGAUGUCACCUCACGUCCAAGUUCAUGCCUGAUCAACUUCCUCCUGAAUGGACGGUCGGUUCUGCUGGAGAUGCCGAAAAAAUCCGGUGGGAAAAUUACCAGCCAUUUGCUGUCUGCUCAUGGGGGCGAAAUAUUUAUCCACUCGCUGAAUACGGCCCGAAGUUGUUUGGAGGAUCCACCAUCGAUUUCGGAAGGUGGUGGCGGACGAGUAACCGACUACCGCAUCAAUGAUUUCGGUCAGCUUAUGCAACUGCACCGAGUUCUUCCGAUGAAACCGAUCCCAGAGCGAGCGAUGGACGAGAAUCUCGGGAAAAUGAGAGCGAAAUUGACGAAAAACAGUCGUUAUUGGCCGUUAACGCUAGGGACCACUAUUUUAUACAAUGUACGCCAGUUUGUGGAGCCGAUUAUGGUGCUAACCCAAAAGCCGGAACUGACGGACGAGGAAAUUCUGCAGUGUCAGAAGACAAUUUUUCAGUUAGCAACAUUGGAUGGGCGCCAAGAGGCGUUGGCACUUCCCAACAUGGGACACAGAAUGAAGGGAAGCAAGCGAGAGGAACAGUAUCGGCUGCUUUGGGCCGAACUGGAGAUGAUUGUUAGUUUCAGCGGGGCCACCGCGGGUCACAAAGCGGUACUCAAGUGCAUCCGAGAGUGUCGCAGUCGGAUGCCGGUCGAUGUUCAGGAGAAGGAUGAGGCGGAUGCAUUGCGCGCAUCGGUUAUCCGAGCGACAACUGAUUCACCCAUGUCACCGCCGCACUCGAUGUCUUCGGUGGAGAAUCCGGUUUCGGCACUUCUUGCGAACGUUGCCCGAGGGACGAAGAAACCUCCCACCGGGGGAACCAGAUCGUUGUUUGACAUUCUGGCAACGACGGAACGAACACAGAGUCAAAAGCGGAUAGAUUUUAGCGGCCGAUUGUGUACUCCAGCUGGACAGGUGGCGAAACUGUAUCCCAAUUUGGGUACGAAGGAUGACUCCUCGGCGCAGGCCAGGCAACCGGAUGCUAAGUGAUGGUUCAAGGAAAGACAUGUAGUAUUCUUUAUCUGAAGUGUUGUGUUCCAAAAUAAAUCGGGAACAGUUAUUA